AUGAGAAAACUGGUCGAGCAUCUGAAGAAUCUGCACAACAUCGACCGAGCCUUCAGCUGCGACGAGUGCGGGAAAACCUUCAGAAGUCCCAUGAACAUAGCUCAAGUCGAAUCUCGAGAGUCAUCGUCGGCGACACAUCAAAGAUUACUCGUUCAGGUGCGGCCAGUGUCAGAAAGGAUUCUUCCUGAGGACAGAGUACGUGGAGCACGUGAACGUGCACACGAGAAAGGAGAUCUAUCGAUGCGACCAUUGCACGAAAACCUAUCCGUACAAGAAGAAUCUGACCCAUCACAUGAGGACCCACCACGCGAAUAUUUUACCGGCCGAGAUGAAAAGUGGCGCGAAACGGAGACACGUGUGCACGAUCUGCCUGGAAGAUUUCACGCGGAAACGAUUGUUGGAAACCCAUUUGAGGCAAUUGCACGGGUUGCGCGAGAAAAUGGGGCAUCUGUGCGAUCUUUGCGGCGCUAUGCUGUCCUCCAGAAGAAGGCUGAUGGUGCACAGGCGGCGUCACGUCAACGAGAAGAUCGCGAAUGCGAUGUGUGCGACAAACAGUUCGCGAGCAAAGAGAACCUAAGUAUUCAUCGGCGAGUGCACACGGGGGAAAAACCAUACGGUUGUUCUCAGUGUGGAAGAAGAUUCGCACAGAGGACCUCUUUGAUCUUGCAUCUUAGCAACUGGAGCAACGAGCACGACGAGUUUAGCAGCUGCGAAGAUUUCAGAAUCAAGAACGAGGAUGUCCUUUUCGAUCCUGAGCAGAAAUUCGAGGGAAACGAGAAAGUCUGCGAUCUGUGCCAAGAAAAGUUUCACUUCGUAACCAGAUUAGUGGCACAUCUGAGGAUCGUUCACGGUAUCCAUAGGCCCUUCAAGUGUGCCACUUGUGAAAAGACGUAUCCGCAACAAUUCAUGUUGAACGCUCACGUGAAAAAGUCCCAUACCCCAAAAACUAUACCCUGUAAUCAGUGCAGUUUCAUGGGGGUGAAUGCUACCGACGUGGAGAGGCAUACGAAACGACAUCAUCGAGAGGUGAAAUUCACGUGUGAAAUCUGCAGUGAGAACUUCGUGGACAAGGAUUCUUUGACGACUCAUACGACCAUGCACAACUUCAUGCAAUUUCAACAGUGCAAUGCUUGUGGUACGACUUUCAAUGACGUGUACAGUCUGAAGGAGCACAAUCGUCUCUAUCACUACGACCCAGCUGCAUUGAUUCAAGAGAAACUCGUAACAGACGAUCCCCAAACCGCAGAGCACAAAUGCGACGUUUGCGGCAAGGUUUACAAGUACAAAUCAGUUCUGAAGCAGCAUAAGGUGAAGGCUCACGGUGACAUGCCCAAUUACGAGAGGCGUAGAUAUUUAUGCGCACUUUGCGGCAAAGAGCUAAAAACAGCGAAAGGCCUCGAGAUACACAAUCGAUCGCACACAGGGGAAAAGCCUUACACCUGCGAGGUAUGCGGCAAGUGUUUCGCGUGCGAGACCCUCCUCAGGACUCAUAAUGUCACUCACACAGGCGAGAGAAAGUACUCUUGCGACCAGUGCGGCAAAGCUUUUACACAGAGAUCCACGUUGGUCGUUCACAAACGUUACCAUACUGGUGAACGGCCAUACGUUUGUCCUCGGUGUGGAAAAGGUUUCGUGACGAGAACCGUUUUGAACACUCAUAUGAAAUCCUGUCGUUGAAACGGGAUGAGAGAAGGAGAUAGAUGGAAGAAGAGAGUAAUAGCAGGGGCUUCCAGUAUGCGAUUGUUUCAGCUAAGACUGGGACUAUUUAAUAUCGUUAAUUUUUAUAAAUGGCUAAUUUCUUAUAAUUCUGUGAUUCUUUGGGGAGAUUGUCAGAACGUUUAAAAGUUAAGAAUUUCAGGUUGGAUGGUGAAAGAGUAUUUGAAGAUGGGUGAUCUUUUUGUAUUUUUAUAUUUAAGUAUUUAAAUAUUGGAUCGUUCCAAUAGUCCCAGCCUUAAAUCGAAGUAUAUAUAUAUAUUUUUGUGUAUAUAUAUAUUUUUUAUUUUUAUUUUAAUUCCAGUAUUAAAUGGUUCGUUUAUAGAAAGUUUAUACGGUCAAAAGUACUAUUUCUAUAAUUUGUCGCAAAGUAUUUAAAAUAGCAUGUGGCAUAAAAAAUCAAUGCGUGACAAUAAUAGAAAAAUUCGAUAAAGCAGCUAAAUUUAUAUGAAAUCGAUGUACAGUUCUUAAAAUAUUGAAUUUAAUUUUCAAUACGUGUCAAUAAGAAUAGCCGACAUCCAUAGUGUUUCUUCUAUUUGUUUCUUCUAUUUCUUGGACAAGCGUGGAUUGACACAGCUCGAUCGUUUAAUACUGGGACAUCCUUGUGCAAUUUAUGACUCUUGAGGUGCUUUUAGAAAACCCUCGAGAAAUCAGGGCAACCCUUACGAAUAUAAUCGCCAUUCAAUCGUCAAGUGGAUUAACAUCGAAAUCGAUCGCUUGAAGGAGAUAUCUUUUUGUAAGUAAGUCCUAUCCAUAUAUUGAUUAUGCAUACGUAUUUUUUGAGAAAAUAUGAAAUUUUUAAAAAUCGAUGAAAAUAAUAAUUUAAGACGUGAGAUUUUUUUUUUUGCAUAUGUUUUAUACGUCUUUUUAAAAUAUUUUUAAAGUUUUAAACGUGCAGAGCUCAUAAUGUCUGCGAUUAUAAAGCCGUCCUUGACACUAGUAUUAAAAUGUAACUGAUCGUUGUAAAUUUAGUUGCAUCUGAUAAAUAUCGUCGUGCUAUUUCGUAUAAACGUAAUUAAAAAGUAUAAUAAUUAAAGAUAGGAAAAAUAUGAUAAGUGAUUUUUCAUUUUAUGCAAAAAAAAAAUUGUUGUUUUUGAGAUUCGUUUUUGAGAUUAAAUAUGAACACACCAUUUUAAAAUGGACUUUUCAUAUUUUUCUUUUAACCUCUAAUUAAUAUAAGGUUCGAUUUUAUGAUAAUUAUAAGAAUAUUUUUCCU